CACCGCAGGCGUCGUGAGUUCCUUUUUCGCCAAGAUGUCGGUGUACGGGCCAGUGGUGAAAAUCCAUCCCGUCGUUCUCGCUUCGAUCUGCGACUCGUACGAGCGAAGGAAUGAGGGAGCGAGCCGGGUCAUCGGAACCCUUCUGGGUACCAUUGACAAGCACUCCAUAGAGGUGACCAACUGCUUCUCCGUCCCCCACAACGAGUCUGAGGAUGAGGUGGCUGUGGACAUGGAGUUUGCCAAGAACAUGUACGAGCUUCACAAGAGGGUGUCGCCCACAGAGGUCAUCAUCGGAUGGUACGCCACGGGCUUUGAUAUCACCGAGCACUCCGUGCUCAUCCACGAGUACUACAGCCGAGAGGCCACCAACCCCAUCCACCUGACCGUGGACAGCGCGCUGCAGAGCGGCAAGAUGAGCAUCCGCGCCUACGUCAGUGCCCAGAUGGGUGUGCCAGGAAAGACGGUCGGUGUCAUGUUCACCCCACUCACUAUCAAGUACAUCUACUACGACACUGAGAGGAUAGGCGUGGAUCUUCUCCAGAGAACUCGUCUGACGCCCAGCCGUACCAAGGGGCUGACCUCAGACCUGUCCCAGGUGGGGUGCGCUGCGUCGCGGAUACAGGACAUGCUGACCACGGUGCUGGCGUACAUCGAGGAUGUGCUGUCCGGCAAGGCGACGGCAGACAACAGCGUUGGCCGGUUCCUCAUGGACCUGGUCAACAAGGUGCCGACCAUCUCUGCAGAGGACUUUGAGAACAUGCUCAACUCCAACAUCAACGACCUGCUGAUGGUGACCUACCUGUCUAACCUGACCCAAGCACAGAUCGCUCUGAAUGAGAAGCUGGUGCUGCUCUGAGGAAACAUCUUUCGAGUCCUAUUUAAGUUUUGAUUCGUACUUUUUCUUUCAGCUGAGAUGAAUAAAGGUGUUCCACAGUCA